UAUAAACGACAAUGGCGCCCCUGCGACAGAAGCGAAAGCCUUCCGGUAUGUUCCAAUCAGAAAAAGAUGGACGCCCAAGAAAUUCAGUAGAAAAUCGCAGAAUGAAGUCCAAUGAUACGCCGAAUCCCCCUCUUGAUGACGAAAAAGAAAACGCAAAGCAUAACAACAAUCAGAGACAAAGUCAGUCAUGGGCUCACGCGGUCCCCUUUUGUCUCUUGCCGCCUAUCCUGGGACUGGGCUUGACUUUGGCGGCCCCAGAAGCGCCAGCCUCAGCGUUGUUGUCGUCUUCCUGUUUGAGUUGGACGGUACUUUGGCGACGGCGUUUAUUGCUGAUGUUUGGACUUGUCGUGGCGCUGGUGCCCGCAGAUCCAUUGGGCCCCUGCUGCAUCAGGCCCAUGGGUCCUGCCAGAUGAGCUUGGGCUGGACUAGCGUGAGCAGAGCCAGCAAGGUGAGGCGACCCAGCUGCCCCGGGCAGGCCAAGAUGAGCCAUCGAUGGAGAAGCAAACUGGGACGGACCGUUCAUGGUAGAGGGUCUCGGGUUUGGGGCUUGUUGGAGCGCGGGACUCAUGCCAGGCGGGAAAGAAAGACCCGCGUUCUGGCUCUGAAAGUUGUUGACCAGAUUGCGCAGCGCCUCUGGGGGGGACAUAUGCGGGUUCUGUUGCGAAUACUGGAACAGAACUUGCAUCUGCGACAUGGUUUCGGCCACCUCCAAAAAGCUCAUUACGGCCGUGGGUACGCCGUUAUUAGUAACCAUAGAUUCGGGUACAACGACAGCGGGCUGUUGCUUCUGCUGAGCCCGCUUGUUCAUAUUCUUCGAAACCUUCGGACUUUGCUUCUGGUCGACUUCUGCGGGCUGCAGUUGGCUCCGAGGGAUAUACUCAUUGUGACUAUUGAUGACAAGGUCGAGCAUCUCAAUCUUAUUGUUCGCAUCAAACUGAGCCCGGAGAGUGCCGUGCGUGAAAAGCUGCCAGAACGUUAGUCGAAUCACAGGAAUGUCAAGCAAUUCACACGAACCUGGCAGUCAUUGGCGAACCAGUAGAUGAAUGACGUCUUGAGACUUUCCACCAUAUGACCCCCGUUGGGCAGGUCUUUUUCUCGAGCGCCUUCCACAAGCAUCUGGAUAUGUUUGAUUCCACUGUUGAACUGGGUCCAAUAGUACCGCGC